UCCAUUAAUUUUUUUAUCCAUUCUUAUCCAUCCAUUUAUUCAUUUCUUGGCAAGUAUCGAUCUUUGAUCUUGACUCAUGACACACCGUGCUGUGUUUCCUUCUUCGUUCUUCCCCUCAAUCAUCAGGAUCUUCGACGUCAAACACCAGAAGGAGAUGGGCUGCUUGGUUCAGCAUGAAGGUUCUGUGAUGAGUGUGGAACUCUUUGGGGUUGGGACUCAUCCAACGCAUCUGGUCAGUGGAGGCGAGGAUGGGUGGUUGUGUGUCUGGGAUGCGGAGAACUGGAUGCAUCUCAAAACGCUCAAGGGCCACAAAAAAGCCAUCAACGAUCUGACGAUACAUCCUUCGGGUCGCCUGGCGCUGUCAGUGAGCAAAGACAGGCACCUAAGAAUGUGGAAUCUUCUCAAGGGAAGUUGCACCCUUAAUCUGAGACUCAAAUCAGAUACUGAACUGAUAGCAUUCACACCUCAGAAAGGCAAUGAUUAUAACUUGGUAUCAGGGAAUACCAUCACUGUUUACAACGCGGAGGAUGGAUUACUCAUUACCGGUUCCGAUGAUGGCGUUCUGCGAGUGUGGAACAGCGCCGAGGCAAGCUGUGUUGCCACCAUCCCGAAGGCACACUCCAACAGGAUUCGCGGGGUCGGUCUGGUUGGAGCGUCAGGAUCCCUGUGCGCCGCAGAUGGGGGUUUGUCUAUGCCGUUCUUUGUCGGCUCUGCGUCAUCUGAUGGUUUCAUAAAACUCUGGGAUAUGCGAAAGCUGGGUGGUGAUGCAGCAGACGAGCAGGAGCCCGUGUGCAAGGUCCAGACAAAUGCAAGACUUACAUGUCUUACUUCAACAGGAUCCAGGCAUGCAGGCGCGAAAACAGUGCAGCUUGCAGGGUCGGAAAAAGAGGAGAGACCUACUGCUGCUGGGAAGCUCGACGAGGGGCAAAAGCUGGAGAGCGAGGUCCGGCACGACGCAUCGGUACCGAUCAAGAGUUGCGGAAGGAGUCCCGAUGAGGGCGGCGAAAGCUCAGAGGAGAAUACAGAUGAUGAAGAAAUGGAGGGGACGAAAAGACCAUCGGGAACGAAGCAAGCGGGUUUGAAAGACGAGGUCAAGGUGCACCACCGUCAAGGUGGAAGGAAAAAACUGCACGAACUGGGGAAGGCAAAAGGAGGUGCAGGCUUGGGAAUUGCAAAAGGAGGGCAAAUCAAAAAAGCCAGUAAGGGGUCGACAACGGGCUUGAAAGGGAUUUUGAAACACUCGGGAAAGGGCAGCACUAAGAAAGCGAAGAGGAAACACGUGAAGAUGGCGCAGUAGCGGGAGACAAUGGACAAUGGACAGUGGACACGGGAAGCAUAAAGAAUCGCAGAUACAUUUUCUCCUGUUUUUUGGUGCUCACAUUGAAGGUGGAAAGCGGUUUGGAUGAUCAGCGAGUUGAGGAAGGAUAUAUGGUGGGAGGAGGAGCACAUAGCUGUGUAUAAUUGUUCAGGUGGUUGGCAGCCAGGCAAUGCGGGGUAGAGUGAGAGUGACAGGAGCAUGAAAAAGGUGGUUUGCAAAGCGCAUCUCCCAAUA